UUGCAGCUAACCGGAAAACAUUUUACGGCGAACACAACAUCACAGCGUCGUUGAAUUUACCGCUGAACAUAAUUUUGAGAUAUUUAUUUUGUUUCAGAGCGUUUGAUCCCAUAAAACCCAUAUAAUGUCGGACGAAGAGGAAGAUUACAUGUCUGACGCGUUUCUCAGUAAAAUUCAAGACGUGAAACCAGGCGUCAGCAUGGUGAGGAGUGUAAAAGAAGCAAUGAAAAAAGAGGUCCAACAAAAAGAAAAGAACAUCAAAAACCGACAGAGGACUUACAAAGAGCAGGAGAAGGAAAGCCGAGAAGUAGCUUUGCAGAGCUCCUUAAGCAGCGAGAACAAAGGCUUUGCUCUCCUUCAGAAGAUGGGCUACAAAGCUGGGCAGGGUCUCGGGAAGGGGGGAGCCGGCAGGAUUGAUCCAAUUCCACUAAAUAUAAAGACAGACAGAGAAGGUAUCGGAAUGGAGGAGGUAAAGAAAAGGAAAGCUGUUGAGGAGCUUGAACACUAUCGACGGAAAAUACGAGCCAAACAAGAAAACGAGACAAAGUCUCUGGAAGAUUUUAGGUCACGAGUUAGAACAGAACGGGAGGAAAGGAAGAUUGAAGGAGACCUGAGAAGAAGUCAGAGAGCAUGUGAGCAGCUUGACAGCCAGAAGAGCAUAAAAACCCCAAGAGAAGCCUGGUACUGGCCUGAAGAAAAAGCUGAUGAAGAGGAGGAUGACCUAGAAGAAGAGGAUGAAGAGGAAGAAGCAAUCAACCUUACUCCCUUUGAUAAACUCCAAAUUCUAACAUCGUAUUUAAGAGGAAUCCAUUUUUACUGCAUCUGGUGUGGGACGACCUAUAAUGAUGAAGAGGACUUGAUCUCCAGCUGUCCAGGAGAUUCAGCAGCAGACCACGAAUGAUAAAGAGAACAUCUAUAUCAAGUCAGAAGUUUCAAAGAAAUCAUUUAACCUGGAAAUAUUUUCUGCAAAGAUAUUGUACUCAAAAAAAAAUAAACAAUGCAUGUAAAUAAGGCUUAACAUUUUUCAAUCAAGAAGGAUUUAAAAUGAGGUGAGAUGAGCGGAAGUAGCACUUCUUUAACCCUCAUGAAUUGGCUGCUUCAUGGCCAAACAUUGCCAUUAUUUGUCUGUUUUGCCUAAAGGAAUAUCUUCAAAUAUCAAGAAAUGUGAUUUUCAGCAAUAUUCCUCCAGGUUUUAAAUCAUUUUGAAUGUUUUUCUGUGGAUGUCAGUUCCUCUCUUGGGGUUUCAGUCAAACAAUUUGCAUUCUUAGGUUAUUUAUAAAUGGCUAUUUGCUGGUUUGUGUUAUUUGACUGUUUGUGUCAGUUGAGCUCCUUUUUAUCUUUUAUGUACUAAUAAAACUUAUAAACAUGAUUUAUUUUUUUUAAGAUUGUGAAGCAGAAGAACCGGACCAGAAAAGUGAUCACUUAAAAAAAUCUGGAUUUCUUUUUGUCCUUAGCCAUGUUCAAACAUUUUAGGCGUUUCUUUUUCUAUAAAACGUGAAAACAAUUUAAUCUUUCAUUUUUAAAUAUUACAUCAAAUGUUCGGGUAUGUUUCUGUAUUUGCUGCAGGUUUUACACAAUUAUUUGUCAUUUAGCCAAUAGUUGGACUUCGUGAUUAGGGCACUUGGGUGCCUUUUUUUUGGCUUGUAAUUUGAAAUAAAAUAAAAAUGCGA